UGUGAGGUGGACCUGUCCAGUGUUCUACCCAACCAGUCUCAGCUGUUCACGCGGGUUCUGGAAGAGGGAAAAGGUCGGGUGGUCUUCCUGAUCACACUGAGCACGUGUAGUGGUGUCUCCAUCUCCGACAUGUGUGCCCCGUCCCCCGAGGAGCAUCAGGAGAGAGAGAACACACUGGAGAAAUACGUCAGUACUGUUACCUCACUGUUCUUAUGGGAGAAAUACGUCAGUACUGUUACCUCACUGUUCUUAUUGGAGAAAUACGUCAGUACUGUUACCUCACUGUUCUUAUUGGAGAAAUACGUCAGUACUGUUACCUCACUGUUCUUAUUGGAGAAAUACGUCAGUACUGUUACCUCACUGUUCUUAUUGGAGAAAUACGUCAGUACUGUUACCUCACUGUUCUUAUUGGAGAAAUACGUCAGUACUGUUACCUCACUGUUCUUAUGGGAGAAAUACGUCAGUACUGUUACCUCACUGUUCUUAUUGGAGAAAUACGUCAGUACUGUUACCUCACUGUUCUUAUUGGAGAAAUACGUCAGUACUGUUACCUCACUGUUCUUAUGGGAGAAAUACGUCAGUACUGUUACCUCACUGUUCUUAUGGGAGAAAUACGUCAGUACUGUUACCUCACUGUUCUUAUUGGAGAAAUACGUCAGUACUGUUACCUCACUGUUCUUAUGGGAGAAAUACGUCAGUACUGUUACCUCACUGUUCUUAUGGGAGAAAUAUGUCAGUACUGUUACCUCACUGUUCUUAUGGGAGAAAUAUGUCAGUACUGUUACCUCACUGUUCUUAUGGGAGAAAUACGUCAGUACUGUUACCUCACUGUUCUUAUGGGAGAAAUACGUCAGUACUGUUACCUCACUGUUCUUAUGGGAGAAAUAUGUCAGUACUGUCAUAGUAUAAUAAUAAUAAUAUAUUAUACAGUGAUAUACCUCACUGCUCUCAGUUAUAGAUACGUCAGUACUGUCAUAUAAUGAUAAUAAUAAUAUAUUAUUAAUAUACCUCACUCUUCUCAGAUAUACAGUGAGGGAAAAAAGUAUUUGAUCCCCUGCUGAUUUUGUAUGUUUGCCCACUGACAAAGAAAUGAUCAGUCUAUAACUGUAAUGGUAGGUUUAUUUGAACAGUGAGAGACAGAAUAACAACCAAUCACACAGGCUCACCCCUGGAUCAGCCCUCCUAUUGAUAUUACAGCCAUGUCUGGUGUUACCGUAGUUAACCGUUCUGGUGUUACUGUAGUUAACCGUUCUGGUGUUACUGUAGUUAACCGUUCUGGUGUUACUGUAGUUAACCGUUCUGGUGUUACUGUAGUUAACCGUUCUGGUGUUACCGUAGUGUAACCGUUCUGGUGUUACUGUAGUUAACCGUUCUGGUGUUACUGUAGUUAACCGUUCUGGUGUUACUGUAGUUAACCGUUCUGGUGUUACUGUAGUUAACCGUUCUGGUGUUACUGUAGUUAACCCUGUCCUGGUGUUACUGUAGUUAACCGUUCUGGUGUGUACUGUAGUUAAUCCGUUCUGGGGUGUUACUGUAGUUAACGCGUUUCUGGUGGUUUACUGUAGUUUAACCCGUUCCUGGUGUUACCGUAGUUAACCGUGUCUGGUGUUACCGGUUAGUUAACCCGUUCUGGUGUUACUGUAGUUAACCCUGUCUGGGUGUUACCUGAGUUUUAACCCGUUCCUGGUGUUACCGUAGUUAACCGUUCUGUGUUCACUGUAGUUAACCCUUCUGGGGUUACUUGUAGUUAACCGUUCUGGGUGUUACCGUAGUUAACCCGUUCAUCUGGGUGUUACCUGUAGUUUAACCGUUCUGGUGUUCACCGUUAGUUAACCGUUCUGGGGUUACUGUAGUUAACCGUUCUGGUGUUACUGUAGUUAACCGUUCUGGUGUUACUGUAGUUAACCGUUCUGGGUUACUGUAGUUAACCGUUCUGGUGUUACUGUAGUUAACCGUUCUGGUGUUACUGUAGUUAACCGUUCUGGUGUUACUGUAGUUACCGUUCUGGUGUUACUGUAGUUAACCGUUCUGGUGUUACUGUAGUUAACCCGUGUCUUGUGGUUACUGUGAGUUAACACGUUGUCUGGGUGUUACUGUAGUUUAACCCGUUCUGGUGUUACUUGUAGUGAACCGUCCUGGUGUUGCUGUAGUUACCCGUUCGGGAUGUUACUGUAGUUAACCCGUGUCUGUGUUACUGUAGUCAACCGUUUCUGGUGGUUUACUUCGUAGGAACCGUUCUGGUUGUUACCGUAGUUAACCGUUCUGGUGGUACUACUGUAAGCUUAACCGUUCUGGUGUUACUGUAGUUAACGCGUUCUGGUGUUACUGGUAAGUUUCACCGUUCUGGUGUUACUGUAGUUAACCGUUCUGGUGUUACUGUAGUUAACCGUUCUGGUGUUACCGUAGUUAACCGUUCUGGUGUUACCGUAGUUAACCGUUCUGGUGUUUACUGUGUUAACCCUGUCGGUUUACUGAGAAAAACCGUUCGGUGUUACUGUAUUUUAACCGUUCUGGUGUUACUGUAGUUAACCUUUCUGGGGUUUUACCCGUAUUUAAACCUUUCUGGUGUUACUGUAUUUAAACCGUUCUGGUGUUACCGUAGUUAACCGUUCUGAUUUUAUGUAGUUAACCGUUCUGGUGUUUGUUUUAAAACCUUUCGGUGUUACCGUAUUUUCCCGUUUUUGGUUUACUGUAUUUAACCGUUCGGGUGUUACUGUGUUAAACCGUUUGGUUUUUCUGUAUUUAAACCCCUUCUGGGUUUUUACGGUAGUUAACCUUUCGGGUGUUACUGUAGUUAACCGUUCUGGUGUUACUGUAGUUAACCGUUCGGGUGUUUACUGAUUUAAAACCCUUUCUGGGGUUACUGAGUUAACCGUUCUGGUUUUUUACCGUAUUUAAACCGUUCGGGUUUUCUGUAGUUAACCGUUCGGGUUUACUGUAGUUAACCUUUUUCGGUGUACUGUAUUAAAAACCUUUUUUCUGGUGUUCUGUAUUAACCCCGUUCUGGGUUUACUGUAUUAACCGUCUGGUGUUCUGUAGUUAACCGUUCUGGUGUUACUGAUUUAAACCCCUUCUGGUUUCGUAGUUAACCCGUCUGGGUUCGUAUUAACCGUUCGGUGUUUACUGUAUUAACCGUUCUGGUGUUUACUGUUUUAACCGUUCUGGUUUUACUGUAGUUAACCGUUCGGGGGUUUUACGUAUUUAAAACCCGUCUGUUUACUGUUUCCCGGGUUUCUGGUGUUACUGUAUUAAAACCGUUUGGUUUUUUCCGUAGUUAACCGUUCUUUUGUUACUGUAGUUCACCGUUUCGGUGUUACGGGGAUUUAAAAACCGUUCUGGUGUUACGUGUUAACCGUUCUGGUGUUCUGUAUUUCACCGUUCUGGUGUUACUGUAUUUUAACCUUUUUCUGGUUUUUACUGUUUUAAACCGUUCUGGUUUUAAAACCGUUUUUUUUUAACCGUUCUGGUUUACUGUAGUUAACCUUUUCUGGGUUACUGUAGUUAACCCUUCGGUGUUAUGUUUUUAACCGUUCUGGGUUUCGUAUUUUAACCGUUUCUGGUGUUACUGUAUUAAAACCGUUCUUUGGGUUCCCUAGUUAAACCGUUCUGUGUUACUGUUUUUAACCCGUUCUGGUGUUCCCGGGUAUUAACCCGUUCUGAUUUACGGUAUUUAACCUUCGGGUGUUACCGAUUUUAACCCGUUUUUUGGUUUUAAAACCUUUUUAACCUUCUGUGUUUCUGUAUUAACCGUUUCUGGGUUACUGUAUUUAAACCCUUUUCUGGGGGUUAAACUGUAGUUAACCCUUCUGGUGUUACGUAUUUAAAAACCCUUCUGGGUGUUACUGUAUUUAAAACCUUUUCGGGUGUUACUGUAGUUAACCUUUUUCUGGUGUUACUGUAUUUAACCUUUCUUUGUUGUUAUUUGAUUUAAAAACCUUUCUGGUUUCUGUAUUUAAAAAUUUUUCUGGUGUUACGUGUUAAACCGUUCUGGUUUCUGUAGUUAAACCGGGUUUCGGGGUUAGUAGUUUAAACCGUUCUGGGUUACUUUUAGUUAACCCGUCUGGGUUACUGUAGUUAACCGUUCUGGGGUUUUACUGUGUUAACCUUUUUUCCCUGGUGUUACGUAUUUAAACCGUUCUGGUUUUUACUGUAGUUAACCGUUCUGGGUUACUGUAGUUAACCCGGCGGGUUUUUUAUUUGGGUUAACCGUUCUGGUUUUACUGUUUAACCGUUCUGGUGUCCCCUUUAGUUAACCCCGUUCGGGUUUUUUACGAUUUUGACCGUUCGGUGUUUCCGUAUUUUUAAACCCUUUCUGGUGUUACUGUUUUAAAAACCGUUCUGGUGUUAUGUGUUCCCCCGUUCGGGUGUUACGUAUUAACCGUUCUGUGUUAUGAGUUAACCUUUCUGGGAACCGUAUUUAAAACCGUUCUGGUUUUCUGUUUUUUAACCGUUCUGUUUUUCUUUUAUUUUACCCUUCUUUUUCUUAUUUCCUUCUUUUUUCUGAUUUAAACCGUUUCGGGGUUUUACUGUUUUAAACCUUUUCGGGUUACCGUUUUAACCCUUUUUCUGGUUUACUUAGUUAACCGUUCUGGUGUUACUGUAUUAACUGUUCUGGUUUUUACCGUAUUUAAACCGUUUCUGGUGUUCUGUAUUUAAAACCGUUCGUGUUUCCCAAAUUUAAACCCCUUCUGGGGUUACUUUAGUUAACCGUUCUGGUUUUUUCUGAGUUAACCUUUUUUCUGGGGGUUUCCGGUAUUAAAACCGGUUUGGUGUUACUGUAGUUAACCCUUCUGGUUUUAAACCCGAGUUAACCCUUCUGGGGGUUUACCGUGUUAAACCGUUCGGUUUUUACUGUAGUUAACCGUUCUGGUGUUACUUUUUUUACCGUUGGGGGUGUUCUGUAGUUCCGUUCUGGGUUUACUGUUUUUUAAAACCCCUUCGGUGUUUCCCCGUUUUAACCGUUUUCGGGGUUUACUGUAGUUAACCGUUCUGGUUUUACGUAGUAACCGUUCGGGUUUUUUACUGGUAGUUUAACCGUUCGGGUGUUCUGUAGUUAACCUUUUUGGUUUACUGUAGUUAACCCGUUCUGGGGGGGUUUUACUGUAGUUAAAAACCUUUUCUGGUGUUAUUAGUUAACCGUUCUUGGUGGUUUUCCCCGAGUUUAACCGUUCUGGGGUUUACCGUAGUUAACCGUUCCCGGUGUUUUACCCCCGAGUUAAACCUUUUCUUUUUUUUACUUUAUUUUAAAACCUUCUGGUUUUACUGUAUUACCGUUCUGGGGUGUUACUGUAGUUAACCCCGUUCUUUUUUUUUAAAACUGUAUUAACCGUUCUGGUGUUCUGUAGUUAAACCCCUUUCUGGGUGUUACUGUAUUAACCCUUCUGGUUUAUUUGUGUUAACCGUUCUUUGGUUUUCUGUUUUUUACCCGUUCUGGUUUUUACUUUUUUAACCGUUCUGGUUUACUGUUUUUAACCGUUCUGGGUUUUACUGUUUUUAACCUUUCUGGUGUUUUACUGUAUUUUAACCGUUCUGGGGUUCCGUGUUAAAACCUUCCCGGGUGUUUCCGUAUUAAACCGUUCGGUUUUCCCCCUUUAAGUUUAACCCGUUCUGGGGUUACUGUAGUUAACGUUCUGGUGUUACCCCGUAUUAACCGUUCUGGUUUUUACCGUAUUUAAACCUUCUGGUGUUACUGUAUUAACCGUUUCGGUGUUACCGUAUUUAACCUUUCUGGUUUUACUUUAUUUAAAACCCGUUUCGGGGUUUGUUACCCGUAGUUUAACCUUUUUCUGGUUUUUACUGUAGUUAACCGUUCUGGGUUUUUACUGUUUUAAAACCGUUCUGGUGUUACUGUAUUUAACCUUCUGGGGUUCUGUAGUUAACCGUUCGGUUUUUACUGUAUUAACCAUUCGGCGGUUUUUUACUGUAUUUAAAACGGCUUUUUUUGUUCUGGUGUUACUGAAGUUAACAGGCUUUUUGUUCUGGUGUUGUUCUCCCCUCAGAGUUUCAAAAGUUCCUUCAACAACCUCCGGGAUGUUGGUUUCCUUCAAGUCAAGGUUAUCAAGGCUACUGGUCUGUUGGCAGCUGAUUUAAAUGGUAAGAAGCACUAUCACUCUGUUCAUAUUAACUUCUUUAUUUCACUGUAGAACUAGCUAGAUCCUUCAGUGUUGCACUACAUUUUAUCACACAGAAAUGCUGUAUAUAGAAACUAACACUGGCUGUGGGUGUCUGUGUCUCUUGCAGGGAAGAGUGAUCCGUUCUGUGUGUUGGAGUUAGGGAAUGACAGACUGCAGACUCACACCAUCUAUAAAACCCUCUACCCCAACUGGAACAAAGUCUUUACCUUGUCAGUCGACCAGCCCCGCUUUUUAAGGGGCUCGCCCAAACGUGUUUUCGGGGUCGAAAAGUCUUUCACUUUAAAGAUGUUCUGUGUAUUCCAAUAUUUCUCCCACCAGUCGAUGGCCAGUUGCCAUAUGAACCAUACAGUUGAUCUAAUCCCAGUUUAUAUUUCAGUUGAUGUUUAUGGUGUAUUUAUAUUAAUAUGUGUUGUUCUCCAGCCCAGUGAAAGACGUCCAUGAUGUUCUGGAGCUGACCAUCUUUGAUGAGGACGGAGACAAAGCACCUGACUUCCUGGGGGAAAAAGGGGCCUUUUUUCCUCACUCUCUGUAAGUAAAAAGGUCCCUUUUCCCUCUCUCUCUGUCAGUAGCAUAGUGUCCAUUCCUCUACUCUCUUCAGUAUUGGGUUUCCAUUCCCUCUCUCUUUUCAGUAGUAUAUUGGCCCAUCCCUACUUUUCGUCAGUAGCAUAGUGUCCAUUCCUCUAUCUUUUUCAUGCAUAGUUUUUCCAUUCCUCUAACUCUCGGGCAUAGCAUAGUUCCAUUCCUCUCUCUCUGUCAGACAUAGUGUCCUUUUCCUCUCCCUCUCUGCCCAUACAAGUGUCCUUUCCUCUAUCUCUGUCAGUAGAUGUGUCCUUCCUCUACUCUCUGUCAGUAGCAUAGUGUCCAUUCCUCUACUCUCUGUCAGUAGCAUAGUGUCCAUUCCUCUACUCUCUGUCAGUAGCAUAGUGUCCAUUCCUCUACUCUCUGUCAGUAGCAUAGUGUCCAUUCCUCUACUCUCUGUCUUACAUAGGUCCAUUAUCUACUCUCGUAGAAGCAUAGGUCCUUCCUCUACUCCUGUCAGUAAUAGUUCCCUUUCCCCCCCUACCCCCUGUCAGUAUAUGUUCCAUUCCUCACUCUCUGUAAUAGCCAAGUCCCUUUCCCUUACUCUCUGUCUACAUAGUGCCCCCUUCCCUCACUCUCUGAAGUAGUAUAGGUCCUUCCUCACUCUCUGUCAGUAUAUUGGGUCCAUUCCUCACUCUCUGUCAUCCCAUAUGUCCAUUCCUCUACUCUCUGUCAGUAUAUGGUCCAUUCCUCACUCUCGUCAGUAUAUAAGUGUCCUUUCCCCCUCUACUCUCUGUCAGUAGCAAUGCCCAUUCCUCCUCUUUUCCCAAAGCAUAGUGUCCAUUCCUCACCCCUCUGUCAGUAGCAAUUUCCCAUCCUCUCUCCUGUCAGUAAUAUAGUGCCAUUCCUCUACUCUCUGUCAGUAGUAUAGUGUCCAUUCCUCUACUCUCUGUCAAAUAUGUCCUUUCCCCUCUACCCCUCGUCAUUUUAUAUGGGCCCCAUUCCUCUACUCCUGUCAGUACAUAGUGCCAUUCCUCUCUCUCUGUCAUAGUAUAUGUCCCAUUCCUCUACUCUUUUGUCAGAGAAAUGUGGCCUUUCCCUCUAUCUCUGUCUAGCAUAGGGGCCAUUCCUCUACCUCUUCAGUAGCAAUGCCAUUUCCUCUAUCUCUGUCAUACAUAGUGUCCAUUCCUCUCCUCUGUCAGUAGUAAGUGGGCCUUCCCCUCCUCUGUCUAGCAUAUGUCCUUUCCCUCACCCCCUUUUUCAGUAGUAUAGUUCCUUCCUCUACUCUCUUCAUAGCAUGUGUCCUUCCCCCUCAUCUCUGUGUGCAUAGUGUCCUUUCCCCCUCUCUCGUCAGAAAAUUUGGGUGUCCAUUCCUCACUCUCUGUCAUACAUAGUGUCCGUUCCACUCUCUCGCAGAUAUAGUGGCCAUUCCCUCCCCCUUUGUCAGACAAGUGUCCAUUCCUCUCCCCUCUCUGAAGUAGCAUAGUGGUCCAUUCCUCUCUCUUUCAGUAGCAUGUGCCAAAUUUCCUCACUCUCGUCAUGUUGUGGCCAUUCCCCCUCUACUCUCUAUAACAUUUACAUUUACUUUACGCUUUUUUAGCAGACACUCUUUCCAAAGUAGCAAUAUCGGCGCGGUCCCCAUUCCCCAAAAAGUUUUCAUAGUUUUUCCCCCCCCAUUUUCCCUUUUCCUUCCCCUUUUCCCAGUAGAAAAGUGUUUUCCCCCCCAAAUUACCUCCCUCUCCCUUUCGUAAAAGCAAAAAGGGUUUCCCCCGCCAUUUCCUUCCUCACCCGGCCCCAGAAAGUAUAGGGGCCCCCAAAUUUUCCUUUUACUCCCCCCCCUUUUAAAACAUUUUACUUUUUAUGUAAUUUAAAUUUACCCAAAGGAACCCUCCCCUCCCUUUCCCAGAAAGAAAAAAGGGGGGGCCAAACCUCACUUUUCUGUAAGUAGAAGGGGCCCUUUCCCCUUUUACCCCCCUGUAAAAAUUAGCUUUGGGGCCCCCCUCCCCGCUAUUUUCCCCCUUUUCCCUGAAAUAUUUGGGGGGGCCCCCAAUUCCCCGCCCCCGGGGGGAAAGGGAAAAUAUUUUCCUUUCCCCCAAAACCCGCAAAGAAAAGCAUAGUGUCCUUCCCCCCCAGCCCCCGGCCUUUCCCCCCGGUCAGUGGCAUAGGGGCCCCCCCCCCCAAAAAUUUUGCCCUUCCCUUUCCCUUUUUUGGGUAAAAAAGCGGGGGGGCCCCAAACCCCCCGACCCCGGGGGCCCAGGGGAAAAUAGUUUUUCCCUUCCUCCCCCCCCUUUUCCCGGGUCCCCCCUUUUUUGAAACAAAGUGUCCAUUCCCCCUACUCUCGGCCCAUGGGAAAGGGGGGGGCCUUUUCCCACUCUUCUCUAAAAACCCUUUUUACUUUCAAAUUUUUAAAUUUUACUUUCUUUAAAAGCAGACCCCCCUUAUCCAAGAAAAGCAUAGGGGGCCCCCAACCUCUACUCCCCUGUCCCAUUAAAAGGCCUUUUUUGGUGGUUCCAAAUUCCUCCCCCCAACUCUCUUUUAAGAUAGUGGUUCCCCCCCCCCCAAUGUUUUCCCUCUACCUCGGCCAAAAAGUAAUUUUUCCCCCCCCCUCUACCCCUUCCCUUAAGAAAGCAAGUUUUUUCCAUUCCCACUCUCCCCCCCGGCUGGCCUUCCCAGAGGGGGGCCCCCUUUUCCUCUACCCCUCUGCCCAUUUUUAGUGAAUUUCCCCCUUUUUUUCCCCUUUCUCCCCUCCCCCUGUAAAGAAAAGCAUAUUUGGCCCCCUUUUCCCCUCUCUCUGUCAGUAAAAAUAUUUUUGCCCCCCAUUCCCCCUACCCCUUUUCUGCCCCAGAAAUAAAAGGGGCCAUUUCCUCUUUUCUUUACCUUUUCUCUUUAACAUGUUCCAUUUCAAAAAAUUUUUCAAAAUUGGAAAACCCCUUCGGUCGGGCCCACCCCUUUACCCCAUUAAAGGGGCCCCAAAAGUGUUUCCCCCCCCAAGUACCUUCCCCUACUCUCUGUCAUUGGGAUAUUUGUCCCAUUCCUCUACCCCCUCUGCCCGUAGAUGGGGUUGUCCCAUUUUCCUCUACUCUCGGUUCAGUAAAGGGGGCCAACCCCGUGAGAAAUUUCCCCCCCACCCCCCGUCCUUUUUUUAUUUUCCCUUUUUGGGUCCCCAAUUAAGCAUAUUUUGGUCCUUUCCCCUCCCCCUUCGGGUCAGAAAGAAUAGGGGCCCAAUUCCCCCCUCUACUCUCUUUCAGUAGCAUAGUUUUCCCAUACCUCUACUCCUGCCCCCCAUGCAUAGUGUCCAGUCCCCUUUUUCUUUGGGCCUUCCCUUUGUUGAAGGACCCAAUAUUUUGGGGCCCCCAUACCCCCCUACUUUUCGGGUCAUUUGGGCCAAAAUUUUUUAGUGGUGCCCCCAUUCCCUUUUCUUAAUUCCUCCUCUCCUUGUCAGACCCAUAGGGGGCCAUUCCCCUCUCCCCUUCUGUCGUAGUAAAAAUUCCCCCCCUUUCCCCCCUUACUCCCCCUUAAUAAAAACUUUUAACUUUUUACAUUUUUAACAUUCCGCCCCUUUAAAGGCAGACGCCCCUUUCCAAUUGGGCAUAGUGUUUCCCCAAACCUUACUCUCUGCCCGUAUAACAAGGGGUCCCCCUUUUGCUUUUCAAAAGUUUUCCCUUCGUAUAAAAAAAUGGGGGCCCAAAUUUCCUCUCCCCCUCACCCCCCCUUAAAAAACCCAAAAAACUUUGGGUUUCCCCCCAAAUUUCCCCUCCCACUCCCCCCGGUUACAUAAUGGUUUUUUUUCCCCCCCCUUUUCCCCUAUCCCCGGGUCCCAAAGGGGCCCAAGGGGGCCCCCCCAAACCCCCCCCUACCCGUUUGGGCCAGUACCCCCCAAAAAGGGGGGGCCAUCCCCCAACCCUUCCCCGGAAAGGGACAAGGGGGGGGGCCCCUUUCCCCCCUACUCCGGGGUCAGGAAGCCAAAUAAACCCCCUAGGGGGCCCCUUUUUCCCUACCCCUUUUCGGCCCGGGUCCCCCAAAACCCUUUAGUUUGGGGGGGGUUUCCCUUUCCCCGGUUACCCCCCCCUCCCCCCCUGUCUAGGGGGCCCCCAAAUUCCCUACCCCCUUGCCCGGGGUCUAGGGGGGCCCCAUUCCCCCCUCCCCUUUUUUCUUUAAAUUUUUAACCCCAUAAGUUUCCCUGUUUUUCCCCUCCCUACUCUCUUUUCCGGGAGCAAUGUUCCCCCCCCCCCCAUUUUCCCCCUUUCCUACCUCCCCCCCAUAGAUAUUUGGCCCCCCCAUUCCUCUACCUCUUCAGUAAAAAGGGGCCCUUUUUUGGGUUUCCAAAUUCCCUCAAACCCCCCUUUCGUAAAAGCAAGGGGUUUUCCCCUUCCCCGGCUAUUCCUUUCUUCUUAAAAAAGUAAUAGUGUCCCCCUUUUUGCCCCACUCCCCUUUUCCAGUUUUAAGUGCCCAAAUUUCCCCCUUUCUACCCCUUUUGUCAGUAGCAUGUGGCCAUUCCCCCUCCCUUGCCCCAGUAUUUAUAGGGGGGCCCAAUCCCUCCCUCCCCUCCUUUUUCCCCGGGUAAGGCAUAGUUUUCCCAUUUUCCCUUCCUCAAACCCUCUGCCCAGUAGAAAAUAUGGGCCCCCAUUUUCCCAUUUUUCCCUUCCUCUCUUCUGAAAGCCCCCAAAAAGGGGGGGCCCCCCAUACCUCUCCCUCCCUGUCAGAAAAGCUUUUGGGGGCCCCAUUUCCUCAAACCCCUCUAAAAAGGAGCAAUUUUGCCCCAUUCCCCUCCGCCUUCCUUGUUUCCUUUUUUUAAAGUAAAGGGGGCCCUUCCCCCUACCCCUCUGUCAUAGAAAUAUUUUUUCCCCAAUUCCUCUACUCCCCUGUAAGAAAGCAAAAAGGGGGGCCCCUUUUCCCUAUUUUCUCGGGCCCGGGUAAAAAUAGGGGGGGCCCCCCUUUUCCCCUAACCUCCCUGCAGUAAAUUUUUCCACCUUUUUUGGGGGCCCCCAAUUCCUUCCCUACUCCCCCGUCAGAAACCCUAGGGGGGUCCCCCAUUCCCCCUACUUUUUUCUUUCUUCCCUUUCAUUUGUAAUUUAAGGGGGCCUUUUCCCCCAACCCCUCUCUUUCUGGUCCUUUUUAAUUUUAAUAUUUGGCCCCCCUUUUUCCCCAAAACUCUCGGGUUUAAAGUAGAAAAGUGUCCAUUUUUUCCCCUCUACCCCCGUAACCUCUUCCUUUUCCCCCCCCAGUAGAUAGGGGCCCCCCCCCCCCUCUACCCCCUCUUUUUAAGUAGAAAAGGGUGGGCCUUUCCUUUUACUCCCCCUUUUAAAGAAAAACCCCAAGUUUUCCCCCCCCAGUUUCCCCUCAAAACUCCCCUUUUAAAAAGCAAUGGGGGUUUUCCCCCAUUUCCCCUUCUCUAUUUCCUCUGUUUUUGUAGUAAAGGGGGGCCUUUUCCUCUCUCUUUUUCCCCAAGUAGCAUAGGGGGGCCCCCUUUUUCCUCUCUUUUGGUUAAAGUAGAAAUUGUGUCCUUUCCCCUCUACUUUUCUGGUCGUUGGGUAUGGGGGAAAUUUAAGGGUAGUGGGGGGGGGGGGUUGGGGGGCCUUUCCCUCCCUUACUCCCUCUUUCCUUUCCUUCCUUUCGUAGAAAAGGGGGCCCCCUUUCCCUUUCACUCUCUGCCCCAGUAGAUAGGGGGGGGGGGGGCCCCUUUUUCCUCAAAACUCCCCUGCCCCCAAUAGCAUAGUGGGUCCCCUUCCCUUUAACGGCCCUUUUCCCCCCCUUUUCCCCUUUAAAGAGCAUGGGGCCCCUUCCUUUCCCUUCUACUUUCCCCCUUUCCCGAAAGGCAUAGGGGGUCCCCCCCCCAAUGUCCCUUUCCUUCAUUUCCCUGUCCAAAAGCAUAGGGGGCCCCCCAAUUUCCCCUUUUAAAUUUUCCCCCUUCCCCCCCCAAAGUAGAAUAGGGGGGCCCUUUCCCCCCCAAACUCUCUUUAAUACAUAGUGUCCCUUUUCCCCCCCCAAAAAAGAUCCUCUACUCUCUGUCAGUAGUAUGGGUGGCCAUUCCUCACCUCUGCGUAGCAAUUUCCUUUCCCUCUACUCCCGGGCAUUUAGCAAGGGGUCCUUUCCCUACUCUCGUCGAAACAUGGGGGCCUUUCCCUACUCUCUGUCAUUGAAGGCCCCCUUUUCCUCACCGGGGGAAGUAGCAAUUUCCCAAAUUCCUCUACCCUUGCAGUAGAAUGGCCUUUCCCUACCCUUGUCAUUACAUAUUUUCCAUUCCUCUACUCCUGUCAGUAGCUGGGGCCCAUUCCUCUCCUCCUUCAUAGAUGGGCCUUUCCUCACCCGUCGGGAUAAGGGGCCAAAUUCCUCACUCUCGGCCCGUAGAUAGUGCCCUUUCCCUCAAACUCUCUGUCAUAGCAUGGCCCUUUCCCUCUACUCUUUGUCGGUACCCUAUUUCCACCUCUACUCCUGCAGUAAUGGGGCCCAUACCUCCUCCCCCCUUGUCGGGGAAAGGGUCCAAAAUUCCCCCUUCCCUCGCGGUCGGGUUAGAAAGGGGCCAUUCCUCACCUCGGGCAGUAGAUAGUGGCCAUUCCUCAAAACUUUUCCUUUCGUAGCAAGGGCCCCAAAACCUCUAAUCUCGGGCAUAAUUUGGUCCAUUCCCACAACCCCGGCGGGAGAAGUGUCCUUUCCCUCCCCUCUCUUUUCAGGGGGAAGGGGGCCAGUCCCCACUCU